AUGCCCGCUUGUGUGAUAGUCUACCGUAAUCCCGUACAGAAUGGUAUCAUACUGUACGUGUACUCAAUCACUCAACGCCACACAGAAACGAGAUCCCGGUUCCCACAAUACAAAAAAAAAAUACCCCCUCAACCUCAUCUCCAAACUCACGGCUAUCACGACGUCUGCGUACUAACGACAAUACCCAACUUUAACAGGAAUCUAAUUCACUAUGCCCCCGAAAGUGUCAAAAGGAAAAAAAGUCACGGCCGCCCCACCAAGAACCCUCUUAUCGAGAAGCGCCCCCGCAACUAUGGCAUUGGGCAAGACAUCCAACCCAGGCGCAACCUUUCCCGCAUGGUUAAAUGGCCCGAGUAUGUUCGCCUGCAACGCCAGAAGAAGGUCCUCAACCUUCGCCUGAAGGUCCCCCCAGCGAUCGCCCAGUUCCAGAAUGUCCUCGACAAGAAUCUUGCUACCCAAACCUUCCGCCUCCUCAACAAGUAUCGCCCUGAGACCAAGAUUGAGAAGAAGGAGCGUUUGACCAAGGAAGCUGCUGCCGUCGCUGACGGAAAAAAGAAGGAAGAUGUCUCCAAGAAGCCCUACGUCGUUAAGUAUGGUCUCAACCACGUUGUUGGAUUAAUUGAAAACAAGAAGGCGUCGUUGGUCCUCAUCCCCAACGAUGUUGACCCCAUUGAGUUGGUUAUAUUCCUUCCCGCUCUUUGCAGAAAGAUGGGUGUCCCGUACGCCAUCAUCAAGGGCAAGGCUCGCUUGGGGACUGUUGUUCACAAGAAGACUGCUGCUGUCCUCGCUAUCACUGAGGUUCGCAGUGAGGACAAGAGCGAGCUUUCCAAGCUCAUCACUGCCGUCAAGGAAGGGUACUCGGACAAGUACGAGGAAUCUAAGAGACAUUGGGGUGGCGGUAUCAUGGGAGCUAAGGCUAAUGCUAAAGUUGCCAAGAAGCAGAAGGCAUUGGACGCGGCCAUCAAAAUCUAAAUAAAAAAAUUGUUGAUGUCUCUUUGUCUGGUAGCGAAUCUCAAAAAGUCAGCCCUCCGUGGGGGGACCUGGGAGGGUUUUUCUUAUAGUGUACACGGCAUACAUGGGCGUUGUUUCCCCUUGGCUCUAGUAACGGAUUAUUUCACAUUCUCAAAACCCAUUUUCCC